GCCAGCUCCAGCUUUAGAAAACCGUUAACAGGAAGAAAGAGGCUCAGCACGACAUCUCCUGCAAAUCCAAUUAACUGUGCGAGUAUAUCGUCCACAUUGUCUCUCUGCUGAUGGCGUUGCUGAUUCUCUUAGUACACGUGUGCCUGUUGAUGUCAAGCUCAUUUGCGAGGUCGCUGGUACAGAGCAAAGUGAGGAUAACAGCGAGAGCCGAUGACGCUGCCCCCUUGCAGGAUGUAGUAGAGCAGCAGGCCAGGACGAUACAGGCGCUACAAGCCAAGCUGGCUGGGAUGGAAGCUAGACUGCAGUCUGCAGAAAGCAGAUUACAAAAACAAGUGGCCUUUACCGUGCAUUUUUCUCAACAUUCUGUGAGUGUUGGGUUACACUCUACCUUGGUCUUCGACACAGUCGUCACCAACAUUGGCAACGCCUACGACUCAAGAAGUGGCUUAUUUACCUCCCCUUACGACGGGGUUUAUGUCUUCUUCCUCACUGCCAUGUCUGAAAACUCACACGGGGUCAUCCAGCUGGCUUUACGCAAAGGAGACACUGAACUGGCCGUCACAUGGGGGGACGGGCAAAACGACCCUAAUGACCAGGAGACCGCCCACGUUCUUGUCCCUCUGAAGGCCGGAGACCGGGUAUGGGUCAGUCACAAGGACGGGGACACGGAGCUCUACGGUGGACCAUGGUCAACUUUCUCGGGCUGGUUAGUUCACGCUGACCUUUAACCUGUGUGGCAAAGAUCCUCAUCGCGAAAGCCUGAAAUUCCUCCACGUUUAGUAAAACAAAUGAAUCACAAUAUGAAGUUGUUUUGGCUUGGUUGUAAGCUAGUAUAUAUAUUGCUUUCAUCGAAGGCUGACAAAGACAAGAUUAGCAAAGAAAACGGAGACGUCAGGUUCCUUUGGGUCCCCUCCCAUAUUGGGAUAAAAGGAAACGAGGAAGCCGAUAAACUAGCCAAACUGGCAGUAAAACAAACUAGCAAUCAUACAAUCACCACCCUAAACGUCUCUAUUUCACCAGCAGAGAGAAGAAUAGCAAUAAAACCAGCAAUAAACAUAAGGUGGCAAGAGAAAUACAAAAGCGAAGGUAAAGGAACUAGGAGACUGCUAGAUGAACAACCCAGUAAUACUCUACUUUUCUUUGGCACAAAUAGGCCCCACCAAUCCAAGAUAGCCAGAAUGAGGCUUAGCGGAGAAUAUCUAACUACAUAUAAAGAUCCUCCGAAAUGCACAUGUGGAGAUAGGCUUAGCACCCCACAUGUGCUUUUGGAGUGCCAUGAAAACAAAGAAGAAAGAGAUGUAUUAAGUCAGGUCUUAAAUAAACAUAGGCUGGCCUUAAACAUUAACAACUGUCUUAACCCACCAAAAGACAUAUGGCACUCCAUACUGACAUUAGUAGUAACAACGGUGGCAAGCCACCCGCAUGCUAAACUCAUAUAAUCAGGUAAAAAAUGCCAAAGCCUAACCCUGCAUAAGUUUC